AAAAAACCUGAAAACGACUAAACAGAGGAUUCCAACACGUUAAGUUCUCCACCGUUCACCAUUACAUUAAAUAAAAUGCAAAGAUUGUCUUCUUUUUAAUUACCCAUUUAUCCUCAUCCGUGCUUCUACUCAUUAUCAUUCUCUUUUCAUUGAUUGAUAGCUCAAUACUGGAGUAUUCUACUAUAUAGUCUCACUUUCGUUGAGCAGGAGGGAAGUGAAUUGGAAACCAUGAAGAUCUGCUUCUUUAUCUCUCUGUUUCUCUUCUUCUUGGCCUUUUCUCUCCACAGGGUGUCAUCUGAGAUAGAGCGUGCAAGCUUCCCACCCAGAGGUUGGAACUCUUAUGAUUCUUUUUGCUGGACUAUUUCUGAAGAAGAGUUCUUGCAAAAUGCUGAAAUAAUUUCCCAGCGUCUUAAAGCUCAUGGAUAUGAGUAUGUUGUGGUAGACUACCUUUGGUAUAGGAGAAAGGUGCCUGGUGCUUACGUGGAUUCACUUGGGUUUGAUGUAAUUGAUCAAUGGGGAAGGAUGAUGCCUGAUCCGGAGAGGUGGCCUUCUUCCAGAGGUGGGAAAGGAUUCACUGAAGUAGCAAAGAAAGUACACAGCAUGGGCUUGAAGUUCGGGAUUCAUGUUAUGAGAGGAAUAAGUACACAAGCAUACAAUGCGAAUACUCCUAUCCUGAAUUCUGUCAAGGGAAAUGCUUAUGAAGAUUUUGGACGACAAUGGCGGGCCCGAGACAUAGGGAUCAAGGAGAGAGCUUGUGCAUGGAUGCAAAAUGGAUUCAUGAGUGUAAAUACUAAGUUAGAAGCAGGAAGAGCUUUCUUGAGGUCACUUUAUGAACAGUAUGCUGAGUGGGGUGUAGAUUUGGUGAAGCAUGAUUGUGUAUUUGGCGAUGACAUGGAUUUAGAAGAGAUAACAUUUGUUUCAGAGGUUCUGAAAAGGCUUGAUCGCCCCAUUCUAUAUUCUCUGUCUCCUGGAACCAGUGUGACACCAGCCAUGGCCAAAGAUGUAAAUGGGUUAGUCAACAUGUACAGGAUUACAGGGGAUGACUGGGAUACAUGGGGAGAUGUAGCAGCCCAUUUUGAUAUUUCAAGAGACUUCUCUGCUGCUAGUAUGAUUGGUGCCAAGGGUCUACUGGGGAAGUCGUGGCCUGACUUGGAUAUGCUACCCUUGGGAUGGCUUACUGACCCAGGUUCUAACCAAGGUCCGCAUAGAACAUGUAACCUUAACAUAGAUGAGCAGAAAACUCAGAUGACUUUGUGGGCAAUGGCCAAGUCUCCUCUCAUGUUUGGAGGAGAUGUUAGAAGGCUUGAUGACACCACUUACAAUUUGAUCACUAAUCCUACUAUUCUAGAGAUAAAUUAUUUUAGCUCUAACAAUAGGGAGUUUCCUUAUGUUACUAGAAGAAAGGUUUCUAAUACAAAGACUCCCACACGCCGAUCAAAAAGAUUUCCAAAGGAAGUGAGUACAUCAAGUGGACAUGUUUUGGGUCUCAAUAGCUGCAAAGAUCCCAGCGUAAAUGGUUGGUCAAUUGAAGCUCUUGACCAAGAUAUGGAACAGAUCUGCUGGAUGGAGAAUUUGGGAAGCCAUGGACCUGUAUGCCUAUACAAGAGAAAGCCUCUUCUGGAUUUGGACCAAGGAAUUAUUUAUGGGCAAAGGAAACUCCAUUCAUUUGCAAGUGAUGGACUGGAGUUUUGCUUGGAUGCUUCUGCAAGACAGAAGCUCACUUCAAAGGAAUUGAAGAGCCGUUCAUUUUCACCCUGCAGAUGGGACGCCAACCAGAUGUGGGAGUUGAAAUAUAAUGGGGCCCUUGUGAGCAAUUACUCUGGACUCUGUGCUAAGGUCAAUUCAGUUCGAGCUAAAACCAUUCCCGGUGGAGCUCGGUCUUGGGUUGCAGCUGGAAGGAAAGGAGAGAUAUAUCUUGCCUUUUUCAAUCUGAAUCCAGAGAGGACAGUAAUAUCCGCAAAGAUAUCAAACAUGGGUAAGGUAUUUCCUGGAAAAAACUGGAACCAGACUUCAUGUAAAUGCAGAGAAGUCUGGAGCGGAAAAGAUUUCGGAGUCGUAAAAGGUUACAUAUCAAUGGCAGUAGAGAUGCAUGGUUGUGCACUUUUUGUCCUUAACUGUGACUAGAGUAGAUUGAUUGGAUGCAGAAGAAGUUCUCUGUUUUUGUUUCCAUUCCACUUCUCUUCAUUGGAGGUCACAGAAAUGGAACUGCAUCUGCUGAAGCAUCUCCUCAGUUGCACAAGUUGUUUAAUGUCCUUGACGAGUUCUCUUGAAGUUUCAAGGGUUGAUGGAGUAUUAAUUAUCAGUUCAUGUAUCCUUAACACAUAUGUACAACAGGAUUGCAGUUAAGUUUCAAUUGGCAGAAAAUCAAACUCUCUUGUUUUUCUUUGUUGCAGGAAAAAAUGAAAACAACAUUAUAAAA